AUGCGCUAUAUAUUCGCAAAACCCCGUGACUAUUCCCACGCACGCCUACUUCUGUCGACAUCUCGAGCGUUGGUGCUCGAUACACGCGCCGAGCACCGUGGAUGCGUAGGCUAUCAUGAUGGCAGAUGUCCCGCUAGUGGGAAGAGACUUCUCGAAUCGUCCUCGGUUGGCAAUCCUCGAGAGCCCACGGAUGUAAGUCGAUUCAAGACACGUCGUUAUACGGAGCAUGCUGUGCAGUCUGUUCGCGUAGGGAGGCCCAUACGUACCAGAUUCGACAACAACGCAAUCUUUGCUCCUUCAAAUUGCGUUGUGAAUUCUUCAUUGACAAUCUGGGGAAAUUCUCACACAGAUAACUUUCACCACGGCCUGAACUAUACCAUGGAAGCCUCAAACAUGCACAUGGUGGUUGAGUCAGAUGUUGGCCUGGACAAGCCCCAGUGGAAUCAUGCCGGGCAAUUCGAACACGAAACACGCCGAUUAUCGACAAUCACACACAAAACUUGCUACGACUGCCUGCCCUCCCCCCAAAGCCGCCGACGUACUGAGCGCAGCCUAGGAAGCUGGAGGCGAGGCACUGCAUCAUCACACCUCUGCUCUGCUCUGCCACAUUUCUCGAGCUGCUCGGACAGCUUUACGACCACCACUGGGACGCGAACGUCAAGAGAUAUUGGAAACAAAUGCAAAUGCUCUUAUCAAGAAGUGUCUGGAGGGUACACAUACCAUCUUGCCCUAAAACUGGCACGAAAAAUUCACAACCACACCAUGCAAACGCAUUUUGCGCAUAGAGGCUGUCGCAGCUCUCGUCUCGGCACCAGAAAGCCAAGCGACCUGCAGGUGCUUGGGCGACGCUCAUCGCAGCCAAACCAUCACUGCGGCGAUCGUCGACAAGGAACGUGGAUGCGGAAGUUGCGGAGGCUGGGCUUGGAAGCUUUCGACGUGACUUUCUGCCGCAUUGUGUACGUGUUCAAGAGCAACGGCAUGAAUGCUGAACCCGCGCGGUCAGAGGAUAUUACAGGUACCCAACCGAUCCAGUUUCAUUCCAUACUGGUCCUAAUGACAAUGAUAUCGAUAUUCUCGACCCCAACCCAGCAGGUUAAUCAGCGCAUUCAAGGAUGUACUGUUCAAGCUGGAAGUCUUGCAAUGGCCUCCAAUAACGUCUUUCUGGAUCUUGGAGAAUUCUGCCCCCAAUGGUGGGUGUCUCGAGAUGGACAGGAGCAGAUCAUUGACCGGCAUUCGAAAUCACAUCAACGACCAAACUGCUCUGGAGCACAGACGGGCAUCAUUUGCCUGAGACGUACUAUCUCGCGAACAUCGUCUUUGGGAAAGGAGUAUAUCGAGCACGGUGAUCUGUCUGUAUCGCAAGCCAUCUGGGCAGUUGAAACAUCUUCAAGAACUCCAACUACCUUUACAGCCUUGACCUCGCAUUCCAGGAACAGAAACGCUUGCAAUAUUGCUUUCGCAGAAUGUAUCCAGCACGACGCCGCCACCUCCCACGGAUGCUACAGCUGA